GGGUGCGUUUGACAGACAGCCCUUCUCCAGCCUGCCGAGAGCUGUCCCCUCCUCCCUCCCUGCCCAGCACGCAGCCAUCCUCAACUCCAGCCCUGCUCCCCCCGUCCCCACUGCCUCCCUCCACCCCGCCAGCCCAGUCGGCAGGAAAGUGGCACCCCUCCUUGCCUGUUAUCACUUCGCCCGCUCCCUCUCCUCCCUCCCUAUCGCCGGAGAAAGCGAGAGGAAAAAAGUGUCGGAGCGGAGAGCGCAUAGCAACAGGAUUCUGGGAUGAAGAAGAUUCGGCAGCAGCAUCUCCGGGAGCCGGUGACGCCAGAGCUCCUGGUGAGCCCCAGCAGCCAGGAUGGGGAGCUGGGCUCCGAGUGCCCAGAAGACAGAGGGAACUGGACAGGGCGGUUGGAUUUCCUCCUCUCCUGCAUCGGAUACUGCGUGGGCCUUGGAAACGUCUGGAGGUUCCCCUACAGGGCUUACACCAAUGGAGGAGGAGCUUUCUUGGUUCCUUACUUCAUCAUGCUGGCCAUCUGCGGGAUCCCCAUUUUCUUCAUGGAGCUGUCACUUGGCCAGUUCUCCAGCCUGGGGCCACUCGCUGUCUGGAAGAUAAGCCCUCUCUUUAAAGGCGUUGGCAUGGGCACGAUCCUCAUCGUCUCCCUGGUGGCCAUUUACUACAAUAUGAUCAUUGCUUACGUUCUCUUCUACCUCUUUGCAUCCCUCACAAGCGACUUGCCCUGGCAGCACUGCGGCAACUGGUGGAACACCGACCUGUGCCUGGACCACCACGUCAUCAAGGCGGGGAACACCACCUUCCCUGUCAACAUCACCAACACCGUCAGCCCCAGCGAGGAGUACUGGAGCCGGUACGUCCUGCACAUCCAAGGGAGCUCUGGGAUCGGGGAUCCCGGGAAGAUCCGCUGGAAUUUGUGUCUGUGCCUGCUCCUUUCUUGGACUAUCGUCUAUCUGUGCAUCCUAAAGGGAGUGAAAUCCUCUGGCAAGGUCGUGUACUUCACUGCCACCUUCCCGUACCUCAUCCUGGUGAUGCUGCUCGUUCGUGGCGUGACCCUAGAGGGGGCCUGGAAGGGGAUCCGGUUUUACCUCACACCCCAGUUUGAUCACUUGCUGUCUUCCAAGGUGUGGAUCGAGGCAGCCCUGCAGAUUUUCUACUCCCUUGGGGUAGGCUUUGGGGGCCUCCUCACCUUUGCCUCAUACAACACCUUCCACCAGAAUAUCUACAGGGACACCUUCAUAGUGACCCUGGGCAAUGCCGUCACCAGCAUCCUGGCAGGAUUUGCCAUCUUCUCUGUUUUGGGAUACAUGUCCCAGGAACUUGGCGUCCCUGUUAACCAGGUGGCAAAAGCAGGUCCUGGCCUGGCUUUUGUGGUGUAUCCCCAGGCCAUGACAAUGCUCCCCCUUUCUCCAUUCUGGUCUUUCCUGUUCUUCUUCAUGCUGUUAACCUUGGGCUUGGACAGCCAGUUUGCAUUUAUGGAGACCAUCGUUACGGCAGUGACAGAUGAAUUUCCCUACUACCUGCGGCCAAAGAAAGCUUCCUUCUCAGCUGUCAUAUGUAUUGCUCUCUUCCUGAUGGGGCUCAUCCUCACAACAGAGGGUGGGAUGUACUGGCUGGUCCUACUGGAUGACUACAGUGCUGGCUUUGGUCUCAUGGUGGUGGUGAUCACUACCUGCCUCGUGGUGACACGUGUGUAUGGCAUAAAGAGGUUCUGCCGAGAUAUCCACAUGAUGCUGGGAUUCAAACCAGGACCCUACUUCAGAGCCUGCUGGAUGGUCCUUUCGCCGGCAACGAUGAUGGCUCUGCUGGUGUACAACAUUGUCAAGUACCAGCCCUCCAAGUACGGCAGCUACCGCUUCCCCGCCUGGGCUGAGGUCUUAGGCAUCCUCAUGGGAGUGCUCUCCUUCCUGAUGAUUCCCGUGGGCAUGGUGGUGGCUGUGCUCCGGGAAGAAGGGACACUGUGGGAGCGAGUCCAGCAAGCCAGCCGGCCCGCCAUGGACUGGGGCCCGUCACUGGAGGAGAACAGGACUGGCACGUACGUGGCGAGCCUGGCCGGCAGCCAGUCCCCCAAGCCGCUGAUGGUCCACAUGCGGAAAUACGGGGGCAUCACCAGCUUUGAGAACACGGCCAUCGAGGUGGACCGGGAGAUGGAGGAGGAGGAGGAGUCCAUGAUGUGAGAGGACCCAGCACCCCAUGGGCUGGGGGGGGGACACACUCACCGCCCCCCAGUUUGCACAGGUUGCACUGCAGCACUUCAGGACAGCUUGGGAGGGGGUCUUUGGGGGAGCAUUGGGAGCUACCAAUUCUGCUGUCUUCCUCACUGCUGCCCUUGCCCUGCCAGGACAGAGUUACUGCCUGUCCCAGCACCCCCGAGGUGUUUCUGUUCCAUGUGGCAAGCUGUGUGACGAGUCCAUGCGUUCGUGUGACAGUGUCUGGUGCAAGUGUCUGGGCUGCCCCGCUCCCACCCUCAGCCCCAGGCCUGCCCUCCCCACGCAGGGAUGCUCGGGCUGCAGGGAUGCUCAGGCUGUGGGAGACGGGGAGGAGGAGGAGGUCCUCUGUGUUGGUCUGUUCUCUGUUCAUGUGUAUUUAACUCCAAUAACCCACAAACACAUGUAAGAAAGGACUCUAAUAUCCUCCAUGCCCUGA